CCGUCCCAUCCCGGUGCGAGCAUAAAUACCUGCGGACCGAGUAGAUUGCUGAUCAUACCUCAGUCAGCAGCAGCAAAAGCUAGUGCUGCACAAGAUAAGCGAGAACAAAAAACAAAAUUUGUUGAUAUUUGUGAAGACACUUCAAAUUUCGCGAUCAAAGAAUGUUGCUGCAGACAUUGUUCAUGGUCGUUUGCGGCUUGACCGCCGUCACUGCCCAACGAGUCUUGGCUCUCCCCGACCCCAAGUCUUGUGCCAAACGUGUUAAACAUGCCCUAUGGACGGACCCCCUUGGCAACACUCACAAUUACUUCUUCAGCUGGUUGCAUCCGGCCACCGCCUCUUUGGAAGUCGACUGGCUCGACGCCCGUAACGUCUGCCGUCGCCACUGCAUGGACGCCGUCAGCCUCGAGACUCUCCAAGAGAACGAAUUCAUCAAGCAGCAGUUGGCUCGCUAUGGCGUCAAGUACAUCUGGACUAGCGGCCGCAAAUGCGAUUUCGACGGAUGCAACCGCGCUGAUUUGCAGCCAACCAUUGUCAACGGAUGGUUCUGGUCCGGCUCCGAGGCUAAAGUCCCACCUACUGACCAACGUGCUUUGGGAGAUUGGUCCAACACUGGUGGAGAUGGUCGCCCACAACCCGACAACCGCGAAGAUGAUGAAGGUGAGCCUUGCUUGGCCAUCUUGAACAACUUCUACAACGAUGGCAUCAAAUGGCACGACGUUGCUUGCAGCCACGAGAAACCCUUCAUCUGCGAGGACAGUGAGCAGUUGCUCAACUUUGUCCGCUCCCGCAACCCGGAAGUGCCCCUCUAAGGGAAUGAACAACUUCUUGUUUGUUUGAAUUUAUUUCAUUUUUUUUUUAUAAUAGCUCGUUUAUUUUCGGAUAAGCAUUUAAAUUACGAAAAAAAAACAACUCAAUCAUUAAUGGCCGUAAUGCUGCGCAACGGUUCACAUGGCGAUGUACAUACAGCCAGACCCUUUUGCAAUCAAUGUUCACGCAUACACAAACAUGUAGGGGUCUUUGAUGACCCCAACCGUAUUGCUGCUCUUCCCCUAUCUCUUUUGUCCUCUACAGCAGGUUUCCCCAUUUGAAAAAACCCCAGUUAUUAUUACACACGCAAACACCACACUGACACCACACAUGAAAUGAAAAAAGCAUUCGCGUAACAUUCUCUUAUGUCUCUUUUCGGCCACGCAAUACAUCCUUUUGUUAUCUUA